AUGAUUGAUGCUGGUGUGCCAUUUAAUGCUGUUAAUUCAUCAUAUUACCAGCCAAUGAUUGAUGUUAUUUGUAGCAUGGGUCCAAGGUAUAAAGGUCCAAACUUUUACAGAGUUCGUGGUCAUUUGUUGAAUAAGUGGGUUGGCGAAGUCAAGAAACUUGUUAAGAGUUAUCGCACUGUUUGGAAGCAAACAGGAUGUACUAUUAUGGCAGAUGGGUGGACUGAUCGUUGUAGGAGAACUCUUAUCCAUUUUCUAGUUUAUUGCCCAAAAGGAACUAUUUUUCUGAAGUCGGUUGAUGCUUCUAAUGCUUCAAAAAUUGCAGAUUUAUUGUAUAAGCUUUUUAGAGAUGUGGUGUUAGAUGUUGGCCCUGAAAAUGUUGUUCAGAUUGUGACUGAUAAUGCUGCAAAUUAUGUUGCUACUGGGAGGUUAUUGGAGGCUGAGUUUCCUACUAUAUUUUGGUCUCCUUGUGCUGCUCAUUGUAUAAAUUUGAUGUUACAUGACUUUGGAAAGUUAGAGGAAGUAAGUGUUGUUGUGUCUCAUGCUGCCAAAAUUACCAAAUACAUCUAUAAUCAUUGUCAUCCAUUGCAUUUGAUGAGAAAAUAUACAGGUGGAAGGGAAAUACUUCGUCCAGCUCCGACUCGCUUUGCCACUAAUUUUAUUGCCUUACAUAGCAUAUUGGCUCAAAAGGAUGCAUUAAGGGCUACGGUAACUUCUAGAGAUUGGACAAGCUCAGCUUAUUCUAAACAGGCCAAGGCAAAAAAAUUUGUGGAACAAGUUUUAGAUUCUAAUUUUUGGAAACAAUGUGCUGAUAUUGUGAAGCUGAUAUUGUGA